AUGUCCACCGUAGACCUGUCGUCGAAGUUUCAGGCUCAGGUGGCCGUGUCGGGGGCGGGGGCGGCGGCGGCGGCGGCAGAAGGGUCUUUUGUGGGCGGUGGUGGGGCAGGAGCGCCCCCCGUUGCCCCGCUGCCGCCGCAUGGGUCCGGGCCGAAUAGCGCGACGGCGGGGGCGGCGCCACCGCCGUCUGUACCUCCGGGUGCGUUUGGGCCGGGCGCGGCCGGGCCGAGCCAGCCGCCGCCCGCGGAACAAACGGGGAAGAAGUUUAAGCUCAUCAAGCCGGAUGGGUUCCACUCGAGCGCAUCGGACAAGGUGCUGCAGGCCAGAAACUUGCUGAAGCUGUUGGUAGAUUCGGGAACACGAAACCCGGAAGUAGCGCGACUAAGCGGACGGAUGAUUGGAAGUAUGUCGGAGAUACCGUACGUCGUGAUCCAGAGAGUCGGUACAACUUGGAGUGAAGCUGGUCUUGAGAUGCCGCGUGAUACAGAUGACGGGGGGCUUUCAGGUAGAUCAGGCUGCACGGUUAAGUUGCACCGGAUGGAUGGCUCGGCGAAGCACACUCGAACAGAGAUGGGAGACGAGUCGCUCUCGACGAAUCCGAGUAUUGGGCCAAUGAAGUAG